UGUUUAAACUACAGGCACAUCUGCAGACUGAGAGGAGUAUAAAAACAGCAAACACUCUCACCAUCUUAGAACUAUACUCAACCUAUUGUAGGUGUAUGUACUAUAGAUUGCAGAGCAUACGAAGAGCAACCUGUACAAGAUGGUGAGGGAGAUGGUCAGCAGAAGCCUGGAGUCUGAGCCAGCACACAUUUGUGGACCCCACUGCCUGGGCCCCUUGACCUUCCAUAAGGAGGUGAUGGGUGCCUUUGUGAGCCUGAGCCAGGGGGCCAGGCGGGCAGACAGGACUGGGGUCACCUUCAGACACGGCCUGGUUUUCAGCAGCCGCCCGGUACGGCCCCAGGAGAGGGUGCGUCUGCGAGUGGAGUUGUGCAAGCUGACCUGGCUUGGAGCCAUGCGUGUGGGCUUCACCAAUGUGCUUCCUAUUGCCAGAGCCCUGCCGUCCCUGGCCAUCCCAGACCUCACAGACCGCCCUGGCCACUGGGCCGCUCCUGUGCCUGAAACUUGCUGCCUGCCAGGCUCAGAGCUGGAGUUUUGGGUCUCCCAUGGCGGUAGAAUGUAUUUCAGGAAUGCCAACAGACGAAAACACAAACUGCUGAAGGGAGUGGACCUCAGCCGUCCCCUGUGGGCCAUGAUUGACGUUUAUGGGCAGACCUGCUCUGUGCUCUUACUGGGGUCGGAGAAGAAAGAGUUUUUGGGGAUUCAAAAGUCCUGUCCUGCUCCGCAACGGCAUUCCUCCUGUUCUGCUCUUCAGAGACACACCUCACUCAAUAUUGAAAACUAUGUGAAUGUGAGACAGAUUUGUGAUUACAUUCAUGACAGCUAUCUUCUUCCCCGUCCAGCCAAUAAGCAGACAUCAGACUGUGAGAGCGUGGAGGACUGUGCGGUGUGUAUGAGCCAGAAGGCCUGUAUCUGCCUGCAGUGUGGCCACCAGUGCCUGUGUCUCCAGUGUGCCAUCAGAGUGAUCCAGGAGUUUGGAAACUGCCCUCUGUGUCGCCAGAACAUCAAGAGCUUCCUGCAAACUAAAUGACCCAGUAGGAAAAAAAAAGCCUCCAGUAUUUAUGCUGCAGUAGUUUGUGUCGGGGGGCUAGGGUCAGUUUGUUUAUCUGGAGUACUUCUCCUGUCCUAUUCGGUGUCCUGUGUAAA